AUGAAAUAUGUUAAUGAUUUUAAGGAGGCUUAUAAAUAUACUGGAUAUGUAUCAAUUUUUAUGUGGGUUUUAUAUUUUCAAACGUAUAUUCUUUAUCCUGGUGUAUGUGUUUUCUAAAAGCCUACUUAUACUGAAAUUCCUACAAGAUAUGCAUAUGUUUGUAUGAUUUUUUUAUUUAAUAUAGGUGAUAUGGUAGGAAAAUGGCUUGGUGGGCUUAAAUAUUUCCUUAAAAUUUCUAUUAUUUAUACAGUUAUUGUUUUAAGAUUUAUUUUUUUCCCUCUUUUUAUACUAACUGCCAGAGGACAUGAAAAAUUUCAAAGUGAUUAUUUUGCUUUUUUUAACAUCUUGCUAUUUGGAAUCACUAAUGGAUUUGGUACUACUAGUCUUAUGGUUGUUGGACCUCUUAAAACUAAUGAUCCUCGUUUAAAGGAUCUUAUCAAUUAUAUUAUAUUUUUUAUGUUAACUUUUGGAAAUUCUAUUGGAUCAAUUUUAUCUGUAGUUUUGAGUUGA